CCCGUGCUCGCUGCUUUCCCCAUACCCCAUACCCCAUAGUUAAGACUCCUUCGUCGCGUCCGUUGUUUUCUUGUUUCUUCAUACACCCACACACUCAUACACACCCCACACAUAGCAUGGCCGCAUCGCAAGCGCACAACUCCUACGGCCUCAAGGGCCGCGAGGAGCUCCGUUUUGACGGCCAGACCGUCGUCGUCACGGGCGCCGGCGGCGGCCUGGGCAAGGCCUACGCGACCUUCUUUGGGUCGCGGGGCGCCAACGUCGUGGUGAACGACCUGGGCGGCUCCUUCAAGGGCGAGGGCAACUCGACAAAGGCUGCUGAUGUCGUCGUCGACGAGAUCAAGAAGGCGGGCGGCAAGGCUGUUGCGAACUACGACAGCGUCGAGAACGGAGACCGCAUCAUCGACACGGCUAUCAAGAGCUUUGGACGCAUCGAUGUGCUCAUUAACAAUGCCGGCAUCCUGCGCGAUGUCAGCUUUAAGAACAUGAAGGACGAUGACUGGGACCUUAUCAUGAAGGUGCACGUCAAGGGUGCUUACAAGUGCGCAAGAGCAGCAUGGCCGCACUUCAGGAAACAAAAGUACGGCCGCGUCAUUAGCACCGCUUCCGCCGCAGGACUCUUUGGUGGCUUUGGCCAAACCAACUAUUCGGCCGCCAAGCUCUCCCAGGUUGGUUUCACCGAAACUCUAGCCAAGGAAGGCUACAAGUACAAUAUCCUCUGCAACAUUAUUGCUCCCAUCGCCGCCAGCCGUAUGACCGAGACUGUCAUGCCGCCUGAUAUGCUCGAAAGCCUCAAGCCCGACUGGAUUGUUCCUCUUGUGGCCGUUUUGGUGCACCCGUCAAACACCACUGAGACGGGGUCUAUCUUUGAGGCUGGCGGUGGACAUAUCGCGAAGCUGCGGUGGGAGCGCGCCAAGGGCGGCCUGCUGAGGGCCGACGACAGCAUGACUCCCGGUGCAGUGCUUGCGAAGUGGAAGGACGUUGGUGAUUUCUCGGAGCCCAGCUACCCCGACGGUGUUGCGAACUUUAUGGAGCUGCUGGAGGAGGCACAGAAGCUGCCCAGCAACCCUCCUGGUCAGAAGGUGGACUUCAAGGACAAGGUCGUGCUCAUCACCGGCGGUGGCGCCGGCCUGGGCCGCUCAUAUGCCCUUCUCUUUGCCAAGUACGGGGCCAAGGUCGCGGUCAACGACCUGGCGAACCCAGAUGAUGUUGUCCAGGAGAUUCAGAAGCUCGGCGGCCAGGCCAUUGGCAUCAAAGCCUCCGCCGAGGACGGCGACACGGUUGUCAAGGCCGUCAUUGAUGCGUAUGGCCGCAUUGACGUGAUCGUCAACAACGCAGGCAUCCUGCGCGACAAGGCGUUUGCCAACAUGGACGACCAGCAGUUCGACAUUGUGCUGAACGUGCAUCUGCGCGGCACGUACAAGAUCACCAAGGCAGCGUGGCCAUACAUGCUGAAACAAAAGUACGGCCGCAUCGUCAACACGACGUCGACGUCAGGCAUCUACGGCAACUUCGGCCAGGCCAACUACGCGGCAGCCAAAUGCGGCAUCCUGGGCUUCUCGCGCGCCCUGGCCCGCGAAGGCGCAAAGUACAACAUUUUCGUGAACACGAUUGCGCCCAACGCGGGCACCAACAUGACGCGCACCAUCAUGCCCGAGGAGCUGGUGCAGGCGUUCAAGCCCGACUACGUCGCGCCGCUCGUGGUGGCGCUGUCGAGCGACCACGUGCCCAAGCCGCCAACGGGUGGCCUCUUCGAGGUCGGCAGCGGCUGGGUCGCCAAGACGAGGUGGCAGCGCAGUGGCGGCCACGGCUUCCCCGUCGAUGUGCCCCUGACGCCUGAGGCGGUGCUGUCGGUGUGGGACAAGAUUCGCGAUUUUGACGAUGGCAGGGCCGAUCACCCUGAGGAUACGCAGGAGGGCUUGAAGAGCAUCAUGGCGAACUUUGAGAAUAGGAGUAAGAGCCGCAAGGAGGCAGAAGCCGCCGCCGCCGCCGCCGACGAGGAGAACGAAAACCAACAAUACCUUUCUGCCAUCGCAGCCGCCAAAGCCGCCAAAGCCAGCGGCACCGAGUUCUCCUACGACGAUCGGGACAUCAUCCUCUACAACCUGGGCCUAGGCGCCACCCCGCGCGACCAACACCUCAUCUACGAAAACGACGACGCCUUCCGCGCGCUCCCCACCUGGGGCGUGAUCCCACCCUUCAACGCGUCCGCGCCCUUCUCCCUCGCAGACCUCGUGCCUAACUUCAGCCCCAUGCUGCUGCUGCACGGCGAGCAGUACCUCGAGCUGCUGAGCGCUAGCAUUCCCACCGAAGCCCGGGUGGUGAGUUUUCCGCAGCUGGUCGACGUGGUCGACAAGGGGAAGAGCGCGGUGAUAACCACGGGGACCACGACGGUGGAUAAGGAAAGCGGGAAGAAGUUGUUUUACAAUGAGAUGACGGUCGUGGUGCGCGGCGCGGGUGGCUUUGGCGGGGAGAGGAAACCGAGCACGGAGGGCGCGGGGCGCAGGGUCGAGGACGGCGGCAGGGGCCAUGCGGUCAGGAACUAUGAGGUUCCGAAGAGGGCGGCGGAUGAGGUCGUCCAGGUACGCACCGCCGAGGGCCAGGCCGCCCUCUACCGCCUCUCGGGCGAUCGCAACCCGCUGCAUAUCGACCCGGCGUUUGCGGCCGUGGGCGGGUUUGAAAAGCCGAUUCUGCAUGGGCUGUGUUCGAUGGGGGUUGCGGUGAAGGCUGUUGUUGAGGCGAAGCUCAGGGUCAAGAGCAUAAAGACGAGGUUCGUAGGCACGGUUGUGCCGGGCCAGGGCAUUAAGGUUGAGAUGUGGCGCGAGGGGAAGGGGGGCCGCACGGUGGUGUUUAGAGCGUCUGUGGUUGAGACGGGGAAGGUGGCGCUUUUGGGGGGGGUCGAGUUUGUGGGUAGUGAUGAGGGGGAGGGGGAGGGGGAGGUCAAGGCGAGGUUGUAG